AUGGUUGUGGCUACUAUCAAGUGUGUCGUUGUGGGCGACGGUGCAGUGGGAAAGACAUGCCUCCUCAUAUCCUACACCACCAACAAAUUUCCCUCCGAAUACGUCCCCACCGUCUUCGACAACUAUGCAGUCACCGUCAUGAUCGGCGAUGAACCCUACACUCUCGGUCUCUUCGAUACUGCCGGUCAAGAAGAUUACGACAGACUCCGCCCGCUUUCGUACCCACAGACUGAUGUGUUCCUCGUCUGCUUCUCCGUCACAUCUCCAGCAUCGUUCGAAAACGUUCGAGAGAAGUGGUUUCCCGAAGUUCAUCACCAUUGCCCUGGCGUUCCAUGUCUCAUCGUUGGAACACAGACUGAUCUUCGCGACGAUCCCUCUGUACGCGAGAAGCUCUCAAAGCAGAAGAUGGCCCCAGUCCGUAAGGAGGAUGGUGAGCGCAUGUCCAAGGAGCUCGGCGCGGUCAAGUACGUCGAGUGUUCGGCUUUGACCCAGUACAAGUUGAAAGACGUCUUCGAUGAAGCCAUCGUUGCAGCUCUGGAGCCGCCACCAAAGAAGAGCAGCAAGAAAUGCGUCAUUCUGUAA